ACGAAAGAUGCGAUUUGGAAGUGGUGAGAGCAGUGGGGAAGAGAAACAAAUAGAGUGUGUAAAGAAGGAAAAUCGUUCAACUAAUAAUUAUGCUGUUAGAUGCAUCAAUAAGACUUACGUUUAUGUAUUUACAUCAGCGCUCUUCUCAGAUCGUGGUGAGCUCGUGAUUGUACCGUUCGGUCUGUAUUCCCUCCAGGACUGUUCUGUCUAUCGAGGUUGGUAA